AUGAAAGAAACGGACCUUAAAGGUUGCAUUUAUAAUCGCUACAAAAAUCCAUACUGCCCCAUUUUCCGUUUGGGAGACAUCGUAAGUGAGGCCAAGGAGAAAUUUUCAGAGAUAGCAGUGGAGGGUGGUGUGAUCGGGAUCCAGAUCAACUGGGACUGUGACCUGAACCACAUCUUUCACAGCUGUCUGCCCAAAUACUCAUUCCGCCGCUUGGACGAAAAAGAAAGCAACCGAACCUUGUACCCUGGGCUCAAUUUCAGGUUUGCAAGAUACUCUAUUGUGAAUGGUGAGCAGCAGCGAACGCUCUUUAAAAUGUAUGGGAUUAGGUUUGAUGUGAUGGUGUUUGGGAAGGCUGGAAAGUUCAGCAUCAUUCAGCUAAUCAUCUACAUUGGAUCUACGCUCUCAUAUUAUGCUCUUACAACAAUGUUCCUGGACUGGCUUAUUGGGACCGGCUGUUACUCCAAAGAGGCAAAACAGAACUACACUGAGAGGAAGUUUGAGGUCAUACAGGACCAAGAAGAGGUCAACACACCUUAG